AUGUUUAAAAAUUUACUAAGAAUAGGUGUCAAUCUUUCAUUAUUAAAUACAACAUAUGUUUUAUGUAAGUCAAUUAAGGAUGAAAAGCUUCCUCAUUAUCAUUUUCUUAAUGAAUAGGAUUUAAAUAAACUAUUAAAGAAACAUUAGAAUUUGUCAAUAAUUGACAGAAGUUACACUGAACACAUAUUAUCUAUAAUAAGAGAUGUAGAGACUGAUACUGUGGAAUUCCGAAAAAAUUCAGAUCGUUUAAUUAGAAUACUUAUUGAAUAGGCAAUUUCAUAAAUUGAAAAGAAAAAGCAUAUUAAGCAGUCUCCUUUAGGAUAUUAUGAUGCUCAUGAGGUGAAAUUUGAAGAUGAAGAAAUAUGUUUUGUGAGUAUUUUAAGAUCAGGAAAUGCAUUUCUAUUUGAAGGAUUGAAAGCAGUAUCUGGAGCAUCGAUAGGUUAAAUACUGAUAUAGAGAAAUGAAGACACAGCUUUACCAUCAUAUUUAUUUUAGAAAUUACCCGCUAAUAUUAGGGAUUAGCAGGUAAUACUAAUGGAUCCAAUGUUGGCUACAGGUAAUAGUGCUACAUUGGCUUUGAGGAUCCUGAAAAAUUAAGGAGUGAAAUAGGAAAACAUAACAUUUUUAACUUUAGUUAGUUGUGAGUAGGGCAUAGAGAAAUUAUUUAGAGAAUUUCCAAAGAUGAAAAUAAUCACAGCCCAAGUCGACCCAAUAUUGUUAAAAGAUUUCAAUUAUCUAGCACCAGGCAUUGGAAAUUUUGGUGAUAGAUACUUUGGAACGGUUAAAAAGAGCUAAUAAUUGGUAUAGCAAUAAUGA